AUGACAGGAAAUAUUGGUGCAGGCUCUAACCCCUACCCUUCCAUUGGUGGAAAUAUACUCCGAGGCUCUAACCCCUACCCUUCCAUUGGUGGAAAUAUACUCCGAGGCUCUAACCCCUACCCUUCCAUUGGUGGAAAUAUACUCCGAGGCUCUAACCCCUACCCUUCCAUUGGUGGAAAUAUACUCCGAGGCUCUAUCCCCUCCCCUUCCAUUGGUGGAAAUAUACUCCGAGGCUCUAUCCCCUACCCUUCCAUUGGUGGAAAUAUACUCCGAGGCUCUAACCCCUACCCUUCCAUUGGUGGAAAUAUACUCCGAGGCUCUAACCCCUACCCUUCCAUUGGUGGAAAUAUACUCCGAGGCUCUAUCCCCUCCCCUUCCAUUGGUGGAAAUAUACUCCCAGGCUCUAACCCCUCCCCUUCCAUUGGUGGAAAUAUACUCCGAGGCUCUAACCCCUACCCUUCCAUUGGUGGAAAUAUACUCCGAGGCUCUAUCCCCUCCCCUUCCAUUGGUGGAAAUAUACUCCCAGGCUCUAACCCCUCCCCUUCCAUUGGUGGAAAUAUACUCCGAGGCUCUAACCCCUACCCUUCCAUUGGUGGAAAUAUACUCCCAGGCUCUAACCCCUACCCUUCCAUUGGUGGAAAUAUACUCCGAGGCUCUAACCCCUACCCUUCCAUUGGUGGAAAUAUACUCCCAGGCUCUAACCCCUACCCUUCCAUUGGUGGAAAUAUACUCCCAGGCUCUAACCCCUACCCUUCCAUUGGUGGAAAUAUACUCCCAGGCUCUAACCCCUACCCUUCCAUUGGUGGAAAUAUACUCCGAGGCUCUAUCCCCUACCCUUCCAUUGGUGGAAAUAUACUCCGAGGCUCUAACCCCUACCCUUCCAUUGGUGGAAAUAUACUCCGAGGCUCUAACCCCUACCCUUCCAUUGGUGGAAAUAUACUCCGAGGCUCUAUCCCCUACCCUUCCAUUGGUGGAAAUAUACUCCGAGGCUCUAACCCCUACCCUUCCAUUGGUGGAAAUAUACUCCGAGGCUCUAUCCCCUACCCUUCCAUUGGUGGAAAUAUACUCCGAGGCUCUAUCCCCUACCCUUCCAUUGGUGGAAAUAUACUCCGAGGCUCUAUCCCCUACCCUUCCAUUGGUGGAAAUAUACUCCGAGGCUCUAACCCCUACCCUUCCAUUGGUGGAAAUAUACUCCGAGAUUUUGCAGAGAACAAGAAUUUUGUAAACAGGCUCCUAACAAAUAAAACGAUAAAAACUACCCGGAUAACAGAAAACAUAUAA